ACACUACCAAUUUUUUACUUUUCUCGGCUUUCGUGUCAAAAGUGCUUUUCCCCUUUUUAUACACCAAAAGCACUUAUUUUACCAAACACAACCAACUUUUACUUUUCAAAAUCACUUUUUUCUCAAACACUAUCAACUUUUACAACUAAUCACUUUUUCAUUUCAUCUCCAAAAGUGCUUUUUUUUAAGCAGAAGCUGUUGCAAACACUCCCUUAGUACAGUAGGGUCCCACACCCAUAUCCAUAUGAGAUUAUGAACGAUUAAACGGAGCAGGUGAGCGGUUAACAUCCGUAAAGAAAUUAUCAACGUGAAUCACGACGGGUCAGGAGUGGGUAUGAAAACCCCAAUCAAACUAUGAAAGGUAUGGUCAAGUGUACCACACUCUCCAGCCCCGCGUCACACGAACUUUGCUGCAUGCAUUUCUAGAUCCAACGAAGGCAUUUCCUCCCUCAGCAUUAUGGUGCAGUACAAGGGCUAAAUGCCCUUGGACCUAGUGUGGUUCAACUGCUUUUGCUGCCUAAUCUUGAGCCUUAUAUAAAACUGCUGGAGCCAUAAAUGCAACUAGAAAAGCAAAAGAAUGAGAUGAAGAGGCAUGAAGCUUGGCUAGUAUAUGGUGCUCUGGCUGUAUGUUUUGAUGUUUAUUAAGUCUUUUGCUUGUAUUUUCCUGUUUAUUAUGUCUGUGAGCAUGGUUCCCCUUGAAGUAAACAUAUCGAAUUAUGGCUUUAAUGGCAUUUUCAUUAGUGUGCAACAGGCUUAUGUAUCUAUGGUCGGCUUAAGAUACUUCACACUUUACUGCCCUCACACGCACAUUCUGUUUGAAAGAGCACAACGAAAAUCGCCAUGGCUUCAAUGUCAAGUAAACGUAAAAUGAGUAUGACGGACAACAUGAUGCUGCAACAAUCACCACUCAAGAAGGUGGCUGAUGGAGGAGCACUAUCCGCCACCACUGAUACCCCCACCAGUUUCCCAUCUAGUUUACCGAGUGAGAACUUGCCAAGAAUUGUCAAUGGUAGAAGGGAUACGGCUACUGCUGGUAGUCAAGCAGCCUUAAAAGCGGCAACACUUGCCCCUUCUGUUAAGGCCAACUUGAAGGGCAACACAGACAUUGCACGCUUGAUGCCUUUUCUAUUUGAAUAUUUUGGUGACAGUGUGUCAUCCUUCACCCCUGCACCUGAAUUGUCUAUCUUCUUGUGAUCAGGGGAGGUCCUUGUAAGAGAUUAUUACCAUCAUUAUAAAUCAAUUGCUUAAUAUAAUUAUUCGUCGAAUGCUUUUUUUUUGUUUUAGGUCCUAUAGAAUUAGUGUAUUUUCUUACAAUUUAUGUGUUACGGAGUAUAUUUUAUCCUUGUUGUGAUUUCUUUUAAGCCCUUAUUUGUCAACUUUCUGCAACUCUCCAGGGACUAUUAGGGAAAAUGUGGAGUCCCACUCUCAAUAUUUGUUUAUACGGCUUUAUGGUAAUGGAGUCAUGGAGAUGCAUUUCGAAAAAUGUAUGAGUGAUGUUUCUGUACUUAGAAGAAGAUUGACAUUUGACAGGGACAGAGGCUAACUGGAUUUGUAUAUAAAAAAUAAAUUCGAGUUCAGAGGAUAAAAAGUAAAUCCUCAUGGACUAAAAACAAGACGUGCAAUACUUGCAUAGGUGGAAAAAACAUGUCAACCCAAAUUUUCAGUUAUUACAUAACAUUUUUCUAUAAAAUUA